AUGUUUGGUAAGUAUGCUCGUGAAGUCAUGGGAUUUGCAUUUUGGCUCUUCUAUACUCUUUGUUAUGGAGCGGCUUUACUUACUGUUUCUAUCGCAUUCAAUUCACUUACUGAUCAUGCCAUUUGUACCACUGGUUGGAUAGGCAUUGGUGCUGCUAUAGCUCUUAUUAUUGGACUUUUCACACGUACUAUGAAAGUUUUGUCAUGGUGUGGUUACGUUGCUGUAAUAUCGGUAUUUACUGGUGUUUGGGUUGUUGCUAUCGCCUGCUUAACUCAGAGUACCCCCUCCGCAGCCCCCAAAUCAGAACCAGUUGAUAAGAUGAUACAAGUUGUUGCUACUGGUGCAUCCUAUUCAGCUAUUUCUGCUGCUGUUGCUACUCAAUUGUUAAGUCUUUGCGGUACGGCUUCAUUUUUUACAAUUCAUGCUGAAAUGAGAGACCAAACUCAAUAUGUCAAGUCGCUUUUCAUGGGCCAAGGGUUUGUCGUUUUUAAUUAUAUUGUGAUUAGUUGCAUUGUUUAUGGGAAAGUUGGGCAAUAUGUUGCAUCGCCAUCUCUUGGAUCCGCUGGUAUGUUGAUUCAAAAGGUUGCGUACGGGAUUUCAUUUCCAGCACUUUUUUUCUCGUGCUUCUUCCAAGCACAUAUUGCUGCGAAGUACGCACUCGUUCGUAUUUUAAGAGGUUCAGUGCAUUUGCAAAGUAAUUCUAAAACUCAUUGGCUUACGUGGAUCAGUAUGAUGAGUUUAGUCAUUGGUGCGGGAUUGGUUAUAGCUGGAUCUAUUCCAUUCUUUAAUGAUUUGUUAGGCUUGAUCGGUGCUCUUCUUGGGACAAUUUUCACACUUAUAAUUCCUGCUUUUAUGGCUCUUUAUGAAUUAGGUGGAGGUGCCUAUGAAUCAACAGAUAUUGGGGUGAGAUGGUUGAAAAAAUCUCAAAAAGUGUGGGGAGAAAGUAAAAGAAACAUAUCCAUUGUUUCGGUGGCCUUUUUCACAAUUAUUGCCGGUUGCUACAUAUGUAUUUCAGGAGUAUAUGGAUCUGUUACAUCAAUUGCUCAAGGUUACGCAGAUGGCACUGUUGCAAGUGCAUUUUCCUGUGCAGAUAAUAGUCGCUGA